AGCUCGCCUAGGGCAGAACCUGCCUCUGUAGUCCAUAAUUAAGGGAUGUAAACAAAUACACACUCUCAUUUAAUCUGCAGGGUGAUCAUCCAGUAGAACAAGGCUGACGUUGGCCCAUGAGAUCAUCAAGACUAGAAGGAUUUCAGAGGAGUUCUGUUUGUUAGGAGUUUGCAACAUGAAUUGCAUAAAAAUACCAAGUGCACAAUUAAAAUCCUGAAAGAAAGGGCAUCGAGCUGUGCCCGUCUCCCGUAGCUUAAAAGAACUAUGUGAAAACGCAGCCCACCCAGACCAAGGGCGAAGGAGACCUUUGGCCAGAUACUUGAUCUUCCCGUGGAGAUGGAGAUGACUUUGAGCCAAGCGCUGUGGAUGCUGACGCUUCACUUCAGUGCCUCAGUCGUACUUUUACUCCUCGGCUGGACCCUCUACUAUGACUUCACCAGGGCACGAAUCCCGCCAGGAAUCACCCAGGGGACGAAACUGCGCCUCAUCAAUUUGAUCAUGAACGUUUUUCUCGAACUGGCUGUGAUUCUGGAGAAAGUUGGCAUCUGCCCCCAGUACGUGGUAUGGAGGCUACUCAUCAACGGGAUCCCCCCGGGGAGAGCCCCUGACCUGACCAUCGAGGAGAUGCUUUUUGAGGCGGUCCCAGUGAGGGUCUAUUGGCUUGGGAGAGCAGGUGCCGAGCCCAGGCGAGGACUGGUCUGGAUUCACGGAGGAGUGGGCCUCUUUGGCAGCCCCCGAGCCUAUGAACGGUUGUGCUGCCUCAUUGCCCGGGAGGUUGCCACAGUGGUCGUGUGCAUCCGGUACCCCUUGGCACCGGAGCACCCCUACCCGGCUCAGCAACUCAGCUGCUAUGCUGCCGUGUCGCACUUUCUGAAGAAUGCGGGGGACUACGGAGUGGACCCCCAGCGGGUUGUGCUGGCUGGCGACAGCAGCGGAGCUGGCAUUGUUGCUGCCAUUUCCCAGCAACUGGUAAUGAGAACCGACCUUCCGCCUCUCCGGGGCCACGUGCUCCUCUACCCUUUUCUCCAAGCUCUGGAUUUCAAUCUGCCUUCCUAUCAGCAGAACCACUCUGUCCCCUUAUUAGUUAAAAAACAGGCUGCUUCUCUCGGCUUGCUCUAUCUGUUGGGAACCGAUGCCAGGGUCAAAGAAGUUAUGUGCAAUGCCCACGUUCCGCAGGAGCUCAGGGCAAAGUACCGGAAAUGGAUCAGCCCAGAACUCAUCCCGGAGGAGUUCAAAGUCUCGGCUCACGAACCGUUUGUACCCGGUCUGUUUUCAGAAGAUCUUUACCAAGCGUGCAAAAGAGCCUUUGAGCCCACACUUUCCCCGCUCCUGGCGGAAGAUGCCAUCAUCCGGCAGUUUCCAGAGACCUUCCUCCUAACCUGCGAAUACGACAUUUUCCGAGACGACGGCCUGCUCUACAAGAAACGGCUGGAAGAGAACGGGGUGUCUGUCAACUGGCAUCACCUGAGGGAUGGAUUCCACGGGAUCUGCCUGCUGACCGGUUUGGGGCCCCUGGAGUUUCCUAGCACCAGGAAGAGCAUGAAAAGCAUAAUCCAGUUCCUAGAGAGGUUCUAGAAAUCCAUCAGCCUCGGCUGGUUUUUCCCUCGCUACGCCCCCCCCCCCGGGUUUCCAUCUUCUCCCUACUGCCAGGACAGGGGGUCCCUGCAGGCGAUCUCUCUUGGGGGUGAUCUUUUAACCACUGCAACCUAUCACCAUAAUGCUGGGCGUGGGGACCCAGGCAGGAACACCAAUGUUUUCCAGGGAGGGAGUGGGGAGGCACCUCCCAGGGAGAGGCCUGAGUAUGUGCAGUGUGCACCUGUGUGUGAGGUGGAUGGUGGUGGAGGUGGGGGAGAGGUUCAGGGGAGCCCCUGCCUACCCCAGAAUCUCUGUGAGAAGGUUGCAGCUGUAUCUGGGGAGGUGCCAUCCCUUGGGGUAAGCAACUAAAUUGGAUUGGACUCAUUCGGAUUUCACCUUGUUGCCUUUGGGCCCGACUCCAAUUUUCUGUCCUGCGGGCCGAUGGAUGUGGCUAAAAAAGUUAAAGAAGUCAAGGAGCUAAAUAAAUUUCUUUUAACAAUGUUUAUAAAUCUUCCUGCAUUGGACCGCCAGCAUAUUCACUAUAUGGGAAAAGUUCCCAAGGUUUUUUGGGGGCUGCAAACUCACGACAGGGAAACAGAUGGCUUCACUUCCCAUGAGGUGGCCUGAUAUCCCCUUAAUGUCCCUCCCCCGCUUCUUAGCCUGCCUUCCCUCACGCCCCAAAAUCUGGGUUAACUGUACAGAUGAGCUCUGUUCGCCUGACAGGCGGUGCCCAGGCACAAAACCCUUCGAGGGAUAGCCAGAUCCACCCAGGCGGGCGAAGGUGAUCCUUGGUCUAGAGAGCCACCAGGCAGAUGGGCUGCGUUUCUAUGCCCACACAUGGGUGGGGGGAGGAAAGUCCUGAAUAUUUCAAAGAUGUUUUGUGUCCAGCUGUAGUGUCGAGCUCCACAGAUCCUUGGUCUUCUCCUUGGUGAUCCGAAAAGAGAGAGGCAGAAGCCCACUCUAUGUGUCCCCCAUCUCCCCGCCCCCCCUGAAAAGCCUGAAUUUUGCUAUGAGAAGCUGAUGAUCUGAGCCUGAGCAGUCAGCCCCAGCUCUUGUUUUUACUGCCUGUAAGGAGCUUCUGCCUCUUUGGCUGCAAAGUAGUUCAUCGACCCAGUUUCGGUAUUGACCCUCUGGGGAUGUCCAUGUGUAGAGUCAGCUCCUUGGUUGUUGGAAAAGGGUGUUUGCUCUGAAUCUUCCCUUGACACAAUUCUAUUGGUCUUCGCCUUGCGUCCUUUUCUACUCCAGGGCCAAACUUGCCUGUUUGAUCUUGACUUCCUGAUCACCAUUCCAAUCCCCUAUGAUGAGAAGGGCAUCUG